CACUGACCAUGGAAGUAGUGCGCAAUGAGGUACACUAGCUACGCCACAGAUUGUAGGGUUGCGCUCUGCUCACGUCCGGAAGCAUCACGCUGACUAUGUCGACGCAGAUCACAGCUGAUCGCGGCGUUGCUGCCCGUUCAGCCUCAGCUUCCGGUGGCGGCUCAGUAACAACCGCAGCAGACCAAGCGUGUAAGGCGGCCUCGGCACCUUUCACAUUGACUGCUGCCGCUGGAAGCCAAGGCGAUGGGUCAGAGGCGAAAGAUCUGAGGAUGGACCCGUCGAAUUCCGUCCCUCAGGCGAACGGCUCAGCUGGACACCAGGUCUUCGAAAAGGGUCAAUUAUCCCAUCCAGGACAAGGGACAGCAAGACAAGCAGAGAAUGAUCACGCCGUCAGCUACUUUGAGCGAUGUUCACUACGCAUCAAGCGCUGUGAUGACAGGGUAGCAGCUUACAAUGAGCGCUCCCGCGAUCGAAGAAAGUACGGCACUGGAAAACGCACUCGGGUGGGGAUGCCUGACGUGGCUUCGGCGCUGGACUCAUCGGCUAUGGGUCCUAUCAAUAUGCAGGCGGCAGCAUCAACACAUGUGCAGGCGCAACCACAAGCGCAUGCUACUGGGCAGGAAGGGCGGGUGAUCGGCACCAAGGGAGAGACGUUCCUACAGCGGCACAUCGUUGUUGUCCUUGUCGCUGUCAUAUACUCUUGGGCGUACAUUGUCUACGUUUGGCGCCUAUGCGCGCCCAUGUUGCAGCACAGAAAGGUGGCCUUGAACAGUCAAGGGGCGGGAGUGUUAUUGCUUGUCAUCUUCAACAUCCUCUUCUUGAUGGCGAUCUGGUCCUACAUCCGAGUUGUGCUCUCCCAACCGGGCUUUGCGCGUGAUUGUGUGCAGCCUUCUGACCCACCUGCACCAUAUGAUGGCCCCAGAGCGACGACGGCUAUUCAAGAGGCACCCCAAAGCAGCGGUCCUCAAGAGCCGCUGAGUGAGUCCAUUCCCAUUGAGCAUUCAGCACUAGCGCCGCAGCCAGCACCGCAAUCAGCCCACGGCGCGCGAAUUGCUGUCGCAAAUGAAAGUGAAAAGGAUGAAGAAAGAGCCACGGAGUCUGCGCUGGCUGCUACCAUUGACUCUACUGGAGUAGCCGUUGUCAGCGCAGACAAAGAAGCGCCGCAGGUGAAGUACGAGGUGCAAAACUUUGGGCAGAACCCCACAUCAACCCAAGCAGCUACUGUGCAGUCAAGUAUUGCUGCAUCACAACCGCAGCAGACGACUGUACUGAACAACCAGAACCCCGCUCCUCAGCUCUUGCCUGAGCCGGUGCGCAUCCCGCCUGAUAUCCCGCCGCUCCAUCCAUCACAGCGGUACUGCCACCAGUGCAGAAUCAUCAAGCCGCUGCGGACGCAUCACUGUCGUAAAUGCGGAACAUGCGUGCUGCGCAUGGACCACCAUUGCACCUGGGUCGCCGGCUGCGUCGGCGCACGCAACCACAAGUUUUUCCACAAUUUUCUCGUCUGGACGACCCUGCUCGAGGUGUACAUCCUCAUUACGCUCGCCUACCACUUUGCACAGGGCAUGCAGCGGCGGGAUACGUGGCCCAUCGACGGAUACAUGAUCAGCUUGUUCCCUCUCAUUGGUUGGUUCGUCAUCUUCACAGGCACGCUGCUUGGCCUGCACACCUACCUCUUUCUCACGAAUCAAACGACGAUUGAGCAGCUUGACAAGCAGCGACGCGACUCGCGCGAGGCGAUCAUGCUCUCCAUGUACUUUUCGCCCAAGGGCGAAGGUGGCGCCGAACUGGCACGCCGCAAAGGCGCGCGGAAGGCGUCAUUGUGGAAGUUUAAGGAGAAGCAGAAGAUCAAGAGGAAGUGGGACGAGGCGUGGGGGACUCCGAGCACGCAGGGCAACAUGUGGUGGCUCGGUGGGCCGGGCGAGCUUGCGCUCGCUACAGCCGCAGCGGAAGGUGGCUCGAAUACAUCCGAAACGUAUCUGCUGACAGAAACCACGGCCAAAGAAAUGGGGGUAGCGGGAAGGGGAGCCUGGCUGACCAACUUUAAAGAGGUCAUGGGCACCAAUCUGAUGCAGUGGCUCUGUGAGUGUUGCAGCUCGCAGCGUCGUUGCAUGCUCGAGCGUUGGGGCUACAAUUCUGACUUUGCCUCCUCCUUGCUGGCAACCACAAAGUCCCGAUCGGACAGACGCCGCACAAUGGAUUGUGGUACCCGCUAAACCCACGCUUCAAAGAGGACGGAUCGUGGACGCCGCGGGAGCACUGGUUGGAUAUCUUGCGAUAAAGAUGGCAGGAAGCCUCACGCU